UACGUUCGCUUCCGGGAGUUCCAACAUGGCGACCGAGCAGAGCGUGGCGACGCGCGAGAGGAAGAGAUGGAAAAUCGACUGCCGUGAGGCCAAAGAGUGCGUCAGCAGCGAGCAGCAAACUGAAAACAAACUGACUGUUCCUUUCCGGGGUCACAUCACUGGUGGGCUGCAUCCAGGAAGGAAGUUGAUUAUCGUGGGCGUGGUGGACCAUCAUCCAGACAGGUUCUACGUGGCACUGACGUGCGGUCAAGGUACACGGGGCGAACCCCCGCAUGAUGUAGCACUGGAGAUAUGUGUGCGCUUCGGGGGCGAGCGCCAGGUGCUUCGACGGGCUUGUGUGGGUGGCACGUGGACAGAUCCUGACAGCGCCAUCCCCUUCUUUCCUUUCAUCAAGGGGCAGCCUUUCAAGAUGGAAGUGGAGUGCCAAUCAGGUCGCUUUCGAGUCAUGGUGGAUGCCCAGAAGCUUUUUGACUUUCAACACCGGGUGGCGCCACUUCAUGGUGUGGACACGCUGUGGAUCAAGGGCAGCCUUACCAUCAACAAACUGGGUUGAAGGGGACAUGUAGCUGCGGCGAGGUAUGACACCUCCACUUGAAAUCCCUUCUUGGGACUUCCCAGUUGACCUUGGACACCCAUGCUAUAUUUUAGCAUCAGCAAGGUCACAUAUAUGAAGAGUUCGCAAGGUUUGGACAAAAGCCUCUUUCAGACAUACAAAGAAGUCUGGUAAUGUGCCGGUAUUUUCACGGUACGCGCUAUGGGUAAACGCAAUUUGCUGGCUCACAUUAAUGGCUCACGCUCUUUGUGAAUGCUGCAGGUAACCACUUCUGAACGUAGGGGUAAUAUGUAGCUAUCUAGUGUCUACAUUUCCACAUUUUUCUUUACUGUAAGACAAAAUAACAUUUGGCAAGUAGUAAACAUGUAACAUAUUAACCAACUAAGCAACAAACUAGAUUUUUUUUAAAUCAACAUUUUAUGAGGACGUGUCUUUGUCCUUUUUGUUGUCUUACAAAUGAAUAUGUCAGAUUGGUAUGCAGGUAGUCCCAGAUUGACGAAGGACCCGACUUACGCGAUUUCGACUUUACAAUGCUUGUGUUUCGGCCGCCAUUUUGUCUUGAGUCGUGUUUUUCCCCCUUUUUUCAGUCGAGUUAAAGUGCCGCGUCCCCCAUUUUAUCGCCAGUCGCGCACUUUUCACUUAUGUAUUUUACAUCAUAAAAUAAUGUAAAAAAUGUUUUUGGAUAGUUUUAUUUUAAAUUAAGAGGGUGUUUGGAGAUACUUAGAGGGUCAUUCCGAUUUACACGGAAAUCCGCGUUACAUCGCCAGUGCAGUAACGGAACUCGUUCGUAAACCGGGGACUACAUGUAAUUAUCUAUUUCCUGAGCGGAAUAUAAAAAAGAAGUAAACAGGAACGACAUGCCCGCGUAACACGCUGCAUGUGAAAGAUGCCGGGUAAGUACCGCCUCAUUUCCCUCUUGUCAGAACGCAAUUCCCUAUGUCUGAAAGCCUCGAUCUAGGUAGAGUCUAGGUCAUAUUACUUGGUAAUGUGGUAUGUUAUGUCUGAAAGCGGCUAUAAAGUGAAGCCUUAAAAUAAGACUUGAAUUUGUGCAGUGACCACACUUAUAACUCAAGUCAGCUUCCCCAUUGAAAUGAAGAUGUUUAAUGACUGUGCUGUGCCUUAUAAAAGUGACCAGUGAGGUUAAAUAUACUACAUUAAGAUCUACAACUAAGUGCUUUAUUUUGUUCUAUUUUGUACUUUUUAAGAUGUCGUUCACAUUUUUAAAAUGAUUUUGGGUUGUUUAUUAAUAUUUGGAAUGAUGCAAAUCUACAACAUGGCUACCUGCUGUUAUUCUGUAAAUAGGACCAAGAUUUGAUUAUUUUAACAUAGUUGUAACAUGUACAGUAUUGUUGUUUUCCCCCAUGUACCUGAUGUUUAUGACCAAUCCAUCUUUGGCUGCUAAACUGUUAUUUUGGGCAUAUGUGUAUUUAAAAUACACGAGCAAAAUAAACUUUUACAAGCACAAUGAUGUAUUUAUUGAAAUUUUAGAAAUACUGAAUUAGAAUGCUGUGGUACAAAUUUAUAUAUGAACAUUUAAUAAUUGUCCUUUUCUAUUCAUUAAUCUCAGUGUGUUUGAUUUUUUUUAUUUUUUACAAAGUUGGCUCACCAGUACCAAU